GCCACUUUGUCGAUACCACUAGAACUACGUUCAUAUCCCGACAAAGUAUCACCGAGGUCAUAUAGGGGUUUGCCCCGGGAAAUUUAGUCCAAGAGGCAGUAAGGGAGCCUUGUGCCAGCGUUGUGGAAUCCAUGGAGGUGUCUCGAAAUGUAUCCACACGCGCAUCGUCAUUAGGCGCUUCAAACUCGCCAUCUCUCAACGACGUACGAAGGAUAAGCGGGAAAUUCUAUUCUAUAGCUGAGGGUCUGUCCCGUGAAAAGGAGCCUACACUUCAGAAGAAAAGACGCUCAGCAUCUGAGCCAGUUAGCCCCAGGGCUUCUUUGGGAGAUUUCAAGAACCCCGCCACCCAUCGCCGGGAUGGCUCCAUGACGCGUUUCCCCAAACUUCCCUCGAGAUUCUGUACUGGUGACUGGCUGACGCCACUCGGCCUUUUUGAGGAACCUGAUAUACCGCAACAGAGAGAAAUGGUAGCGGACCUUUACGCUUGCGGCGUGGAUGCGCAUUGCGGGGUUAAUUUUUCGAGGCCUUUGGAAAUGCUCGAAGAAUCACCACGUCAAACACCUGCUCCACCCGCUGAUUCUUAUACUCCUGAAUAUUUACCGCAAUGGCCGACGAAACUAGAAAAGAGGAAGACAUAUGGGAGGAAGGCGGGGCGUUCAAUGGGCGCGUCUUCACAUCGCCGGAAGAGCAGUGCUAAGCCCCCUGGAAUUUGGACACCUGCCGGUACUAACUACGGCCUCUUGGAGAAACUACGCCACUACAGUUUCAUGCCCUUGCUAAACGAGCCGCCGGAGAGCUCUCGCAAGGCAUUCAUACCCCGCCCGCGAAUGUGGGACGAAUUGCCACUGCGAGAGGGAGCGGGGAGAAAGCACUCAUCCAAAGCGCUGCUACAAGGACUCCUCGACGGGAAGCCGGCGUCGAGCAAGUCAUCGCGGAAAUCAUCACAGUCUGAGGCCCGGAGGCGACGAAAGAAAACAAGCUCGUCGGCGACGCAGAAAAGAUACAGUCUCGGGCACGGUCGCGUCUCGUGCUCGGAAGAUCAGACGCCGCAUAUAUGCAUGGACGAGCAAGCGACGCCUAUUUCUGGGUCGGAAAUAACCUGGUUCGAAUGAGUUAGGUUGAGCCAUGUACCCAGAGAUAUGGGGUAAUUGUUUUGUCUCAAUAGUCCUGUUAAUAAGCUACAAGUAUGAGGGACCUCGCCUUCGGCACACUGUCGUAUGCCUUAGGUACCUACCCAGCUUUAGGAUAUAAGGGCUUACUCGACAACCAUGUUGGUAGAUUAGCCCUCAGCAGGUACCUUACCUCAGGUACCUCCGUUGGUACGGCGUGAUGUCAGUAUAGAUAUAACCAAUAAACCAGGCUGAUUAUUCAUA